AUUCAAACGAGGCAUCAUACCAUUGAGGCAAAAAAAAUGAUCUUAACAUGACUAAUUUUUUAAAUUUAUUAAAUGCUCUCGUCUUAAAAUAUUGUGUUUGCGUUGCAACGUUCUUAGGUCUAACAUAAGAUUAUUGAUAUCCGUCUAAUAAAAAUUCCCUUUUUUAGGGUUCCCUAACUCGUCUUAAAUCAAUGUUUAUUCCACCUCAAGAAGAAGUUAAAUUGGCAGGAAAAGUCAAACAUAACUUUAUGACUGGGAAUGAGAUAACAUCCAACAGGGAAGUUUCCAUUGGACCUUUUAAAGGAAUGUCUGUUUAUUCGAGUGAAGAAAAGUUAAAAAAUAAACUAACUGUAAUAAUGAAUGUGGACAAAUCAAUUGAUGCUUCGAACUAUGUUCGCAUAUGCAGAGAAGAAGGAUGGUGCGAUACAAUACCAAAGCAAGAUGGCAGCCUUGAAAGUAUAAAUCAAAUUCGGUGGGGAAAAAAAAAGAGAAUAUCCUCUAUUUUAGUUCCAGAAGGAAUAAAAGUCGAAUAUGGCACACUCAAACCGAAAUACGCAUCAAAGAUACCGAUUGUUAUAUUUGGUCCACAUCUAGUAGAAGGUUUAGAAAAAUGCGUAUCCAAAGAUUUUGAUAAAUAUUACAUGCAAAUUACUGAGAGUGGUACCAGUGUGAUGAAAAAAAAACAUCCGAAGAAAGAAAAAGGUAAAAUCUAUUACGAGAAAGUCGAAGACAUCGAUUCACAUCCUGGAGAUAUGGCGUUACUGUGUAGCAAGAAGGGUGGUAUGGGUAUUUGCUUACAACAAGGAGAAACAAGUGAUUCAAUCUAUAGUGAACUGGAAAAUCGUCAAUGUCAAUUUAACAUCAAAUCAAUCAACAUCCCACCGUCCCUGUGCGUGACGAUAAAGACAAAUCAUUAUCAGGAAAAAACGAUAACUGACACGAUAGAGGAAUUUGAUGAUUAUCCAUAUUUUACUAUAACCAAAAUUUAUGCAACCAGAUCAUAUGGAACAUCUAAAUGUUGAUAGGAUAGGAAAUAGCCGUCUGCUAUUAAAACUAUAUUUCCAGAUGUUAUACAGAUUGUAAAAGAUUGCCAAACUAUGAAACUCAUCCUAAGACCAACUAAAACACUGUUUCUACACGUACUAUGAACUUUCAACGGUUGAAUUUUCGAUGACUUACUACCUUCAGGUUAUUUAGUUUCAAUGUAUUAACCCAUACUAGU